AUGACUGCUAUAUUUAAGGUUCCAGUCAAAAAACAAAUCCCGGCAAUUCUUGACCAUCUUUCGGAUGAUUGUAAAAAUUUCAUCAUACAAUGCUUGCAGUGGAGUCCGUCAGACCGCCCUACUGCCACUCAACUUCUUGAGCACCCGUUCGCGAAUAACAUGGGUUCGUCUGAAAGAUUGAUUGAAAUUGCCGUUAUAAGUCAUUUACGACAUCCAAACAUUGUACAGUAUUAUGGAUCUGAGAUGGUGGAUGACAAACGUCGUAUAUAUUUGGAGUAUAUAUCUGGUGGGUCUCUUCGUAAUAUCCUUAAUGAGUAUGGCCCAUUGGGUGAACAGGCUAUUCGCAGCUAUACUCAGCAGAUUUUAUCUGGACUCUCUUACUUGCAUGCUACCAAUACGGUUUAUACUUCAUAUAGGGACAUAAAAGGAGGAAACAUAUUGGUUGAUCCUAAUGGAUGGGUGAAAUUAGCGGAUUUCGGGAUGGCAAAACAUGUAAGUCGUAUAGAUAACUUGCUAGGGAUGAGCACGGUACCCGUUCGGUACCGGAAAAACGAGAAAAGUGGAUACCGGUACGGUACUGGUGUUUUACCCGUAAAUACCGGUACCGAAAAACGGGAAAGUAGGUAUCGUUCUGGUUAA